UGUUUGUUCCGUCCUGCACCCCAGAUUUGAAUUCCUCGCUUCAAGACCCAGUACAAAACACUGAACUGCUUUCUCCUAUUAUUUCAGCUGCAUAAUGAGGUCAACAAACGCGAGCCGUGGCUUUAUGAACCAAACGCAAAGAUAUAAAUCAUCUUGACAACUUUUAUUAAAGAGUAAUAAAGUCGCAUAAAGUUCCGAGACACAAGCAAAACAAGAAAUUAAACUUCGCUGCGUGAAAAAUAAUAAUAGUCUGAAGAUAUAAAUCAAGUUGGAUGCUGAGAAAAGGUACUUAGUUUUAUUAGUUUUGUUUUAUUUUUUUACAAUAUUGCGCGUCUUUGAAGUGUAGUUGUUGAAACUAACUUUAUUUAUGCUGGAUAGCUCUAUCACUUCUAAACUGUUCUCCCUAGAGGUCCAGUAAGGAUCAUCUCUUAUUGAUCCAGUGUUACUACAGGAGGAAACCUAAACUAAACUAACUUUAUACUGGAUAGCUCAAUACAUUCAACUCACAUGCGACUGAGGUGAAUUUGCAAUUACCCCCCCCCCCCGGAAUUAUGAAUUGUGUAUGAGCAUAUACAAUGCGCGCGUGCGCUUAGAAGUAAGUUUGCGGGUUUGUAGAUUUGCGGGCUCGUUUCCAUGCACAAGACGAUCAAUAUUUGAAUUUUUUAUUGAUGGCAUGCAGGUGGCCAUGCCACACGUUUUGAAGACUUCACGAUUUUGUUUGCCAGGAUUUUUUUUAAAAAAGCAUCGCAUUGAAUAGUAGUAUAUCUAACUAAACUACAUGAUUCAUGAAUCGCACGAAUUGUAUGGCGGUAUAUCUAUCUUUGUAUCGCAAUUAUUUUUCGAGCGUUUAGAAACGUUCUUGCAAUAUUUAUAUAUCAAAACAUUUAAAUAUAGUAACAGCCUGCGUUGAUGCUUAAUAUAGUUUGUGGUGACGUUGCAUCAUAAUAAGCCUUCGUGUUGAUUGUUUUAAGUUGACAUAACGGUGCUAUUCUCAGCUAUUUUUCGUUCGUUUUUUGCGUUGACAUAUAUUGGAGAUUACAGUGUCGACAUUUUUAAAGCAUUUCAUGGGAAAAUAGCCAAGAUUAAAAUGGAAUUAUAAAUGUAAGUAGCCUUAAUUUCAAGAAUAAUUUUUGCGUGUUUACCAUAAUUGCAUCACACUUGUGAUAAGUCAUUAUUGAUCUCAGAUCUCUACAUUAAAUACGAAUAACUUUGUUUUGGAUAAUGUAAGCAUAUAGCGAACUCUUCAGCGAUCAUUUAGUAUUUCAAACUAACUCUAGUUUGCUUUAACAACGUUACAAUACCAUUCUUUACAUAUGACGUUACAGUGGCCAUAUUGAAAGAACGCUGACAAAAGAUGAUAUCAUUUUAGCAACUAUAAGGAAUUCUUUACGGUAGUGAACUCUUCAUAAUUUCAAUUUAGCCAGGUCGAGUCUAAGUAAAAGAUAAAAAUCAAGCUCAUUGUUUGAGAUCCUCAAAGCACAACACUUCCCUUCGUUUGGAAGGAGAAAGGCAACCAGCUUCCAGUAGGAUGCAGAAAAACGUCCUUGACUCGAAAGGCGUUUUUUAUACAUUUUAAAGUAGUUAAUCCUUCCACCUAACCUGUUGUCAUCUUAAAUUGUAUUUUAUAUUGGGCCCAGGUCAUGAACCUAAAACAUGGCUUCAGUAUCAUCGCAUUUGGACGAGACACAUUUACAAGACAAAACAGCAAGCGCUAGACACGAAAAUAGAGAAGAAAAACCAUUAAAAAAUAAGAAAACUGUAGAAGAAGGCAAAGUUCUUCGCAAAAAGAUCCGUCAUCUUCGACGAGAGGAUGAGCGACAAGCGAAGAGCUUAACUCGGGAUCUCAAGGACAUCAGAGAGUCACUUUCUGGUGUCAAUAACUUGAACCAAAUACAGACAUUUGAUGGACAUGAGUUUAAAACGAGAGGCCACAGAAAUUAUAAAGAAACUCGUGGUUUUUAUAGCGUUAACUCCACGAGAACAGAACAACGACAAGGGAAACAUUAUGAAGUAAAAACUGACCACCGUGAUGACGCGAAGACAACUAGCAAAAGAUGCGAUAAUUUCGAGGAAGGUUGUCGAAGUCCUUCUAGUAUUAAACAGAAAACAACCUCGCCUUCACGUCAGCGAAAAACUGUAAGAUUUGAAGAUGAUUUGGGAAAGAAGGAGACGGAAUGGAGUCGACGACAGAAUGAAACUAUUUUGUCGCUAUCCAGUAUUCACUUAAAAUAGCGAGAGAAACCAGUGACCUCUCUCUCUAUAUAUAUAUAUAUAUAUAUAUAUAUAUAUAUAUAUAUAUAUAUAUAUAUAUAUAUAUAUAUAUCUGGAGCACGAACUUCAGUCAUUCGUCCCUAUAUAUAAAUCCGGUUACGUAACUAUAUAUAAACCUGGAUUAUUUGAACUUUCUAGGGUAAGACCGUUGUAUAAAUAGCAACCAUUAAUGACUAAAAGUCAAUAAACUGUACUAGCUGAUUGUUAUAAAAAGAAAUCGUCAAGUAAACUUAAUGACAAUAUACAAACAGACAUGCUCACAUGUUUUAUCACAUGUCCUUAUCACAUGUCCUUAUCACAUGUUCCUUUUUAUAAAUUAUGAAUCUUGGGAUGUUAAUUAAGAAAUCGCACUUAAUAAUUAUACAAUUAAUAUACAUGAUGUAUUUUACCGUCACUUUUGCCACAAGUUUUAAAAGGAGUUUGUCUGUAUAGCUAUGCCCAGUCGGUUUUCACUUAAUUAUAAUUCAACUAUAUAAAUGUAUGAACGUUAUUUAUUGAUAUGAUAAUUGGCGUACAGUAAUUAGGCUAUAACGACCAGCCGAACAAUUACCUUCGACUUAAUUGCCUUGUUAAUGUGAAGCAGAGGCAUGUAAUAUAUUGUAUUGGCGACUGUUCCAUAACAUCAUACAGUCAUGCAUUGUCUUACUGUUACAACAAGAAAUGUUAUAACAAUUACUGGAAAACUAUAUAGCUAGGAAGAUCAAAAGCUUAGACAGAGGUCAAUUUCUUAAACAGAGAGUUUGCCACUCCUGGAAGACAAUGGCUUCGAACAUUAGUGUAGAUAUACCCAAAAGCCAAGAAAAACAAACCAAGGCUAUGGUCUACCGUUCUCGCCAAGUGCUGAAAAAAGAACUGAAAAAUAUCGACAGUGAAUAUUCAAAAACCUUAUCCAACCUUCAUCGAGACCUAGAGAAGACGAGAGAUGCUCUCAAAGCUUUAAGAGUUAGUCAGAAAGUUGCAAGACGUAAUAGCGGUUUGUGUAAACAAGGAAUAGACUUUGGACUCAGCUCAGUCACUCAUGUACCCGCCCCGCCGUUGCUGAGACGAAGUAGAGCUUCUACCUUUCCAUUUGAAACUGAUUGUCCGUUGAAGCUUGUCGAGAGGCGUCGAUCUUCUAAGGUAAGCGUAACCUGCGAUCAGGCUCUAUUUUACAAAUAAUAGCCUGACACAAUCCUUAAUCUGAUUGCUUUCCACCCACAGCAAAGUUUAUAUGUAGUAUCCAAUCAAAAUGUCGCAGGAGAAUUUAAAUUUCACACAACGACAACAACAAUCUAAUUAUAGUUGUGAUCACUAUAAAUAUAUCAACGACAAUAUAUAAUUAGCAUUAGCACCAACCAAUCAAAUGACAUAUUAAAAAAUAUUUUGUCUCAUAAACCAAUCAGAUUUACAACCGAAAUACGGUUGUAAAAACAUGGACUUUUGUUUAAGAUUUGUAUCAGCCCUAUUUAUUCAUUUAUAGGCCUGAUCGCAGGUUAAGGUAAGCGAGUACAGUGAACCAUUUAUUAAAUUUAGCGGAGGUUACUAGAUGGGGGUGCAAUCGCUCCUAAUGUCAGAAAUCCUUUGAAUGAUAGCAGAAUAACUGUGUAACUAGCUCUUGUGGUGUUCGUGCUCACCAUGCUUGCCAAGCUGGGAGACCCAAGUUCAAUCCUUGGUCGGACCAUAGUUUAAAGAAUAGAUGGCUUGGAAACUCAUUAGAAUAAAAAUACAUCUCAUUAUCUAUGUUAGUCAACGUUUAUUCAUAACUCUGGUCCUUCACCGUCACGUGUGUAUUGUGUUUUUGCCAAAUCCACCAUAGCAAUGUUUUAGGAAAGUUACCUAUCCGUGACUCGAACAAUAGGGUAAAUUGGAAAUUGCUAUUCAGUGGUGGAUUUGGCGAAAGCACAAUUUUGUUUCUGUUUAAUCGCCCAUUUAUUAACAAAAUGUUACUAAAAAUAUAUGUACAUAGUGAGUAGAUAGGCCUAGGAGUCUACUAGAAACCUUGAAAGGUUUUUGAUUAAGACCCCUAGUUAAGUCGAUGUUUUAAAACUAAAAUGUUUUUCCUUGUAAAAGAAUCCUAAUUUUACAAAAAAAUAUACGUGACGGUGAAGAACCAGAGUUGUGAAUAAACGUUAUAUAAGGGCCCUGUUUACAUGAUCCCGGGAUAAACAACUGCCCCGCGACAAGUCAUUGACCCGGGGUACUGAUAUCUUCUGUUCACAUGAACAAAGCUAGCGCGGGUCGAUAAAUACAUUACACGGGAAUCAUAAAAUAUUUCCGCCAACGUGAAACGGUGAAAUAUUGCUAAAAAAAAACAUUCUGAUAAACGCAAGUCGUAUUUUAUGUUAUGAUAUUUACAAAUAGAACGUAGUUGAUUAUCAGCCGUAAUAAAAUGUGCUCAAUUCAUUGUUUCUGGUUGACCAGAUCAAAUUCUUUGAGUAACACACUACACUUCUUGGUUUCAAACAUGAUAUUAGCGACAAUUUUAUUUUAAUAUUAUUAGAAUCAUCACUUAUAGAUUUUUAAUGAUAUCUUCAAUCAAAUAACAAGUUUUUGUGGAGUCCAACGUGCUCUAAAUGUAAUUUCAGCCGUGAUUUUAAUCGUUUUACCAAAAAUUUAAUUAUCCCGGGACAAAGUUGCCCCGGGGCAAAUUGUUCACAUGAGGAAAAGUUGUCCCAGCGAGGCGAGUGUCCCUGUCUACAGAGGCGAGGCACUCGAGACAACUUUUGUCCCGCGACAAUUGCUUGCCCCGAGACAUAACGCUGUCCCGUGUUAUCAAUUAGCCAUAAUAGCCUGUUGGGAAAUCCGCUGACCAAUGAGUGAGAAACUGCAACAAAUAAACAAACAGGGGGCUAAGUUCCUAUACAGGCAAUAAUAAAACUAUUGUACUGUCUGUUCAAUAUAAAUUAUUUUAUAAAUUGAAUAUUAUCUAUAUGCUCUAGGCUACUGUUCGACCUCAAGUGCGAUCAAGAAAAAUUGUAGGAAUGAAAGGAGAUGGAAGAGAAGAUGAAAUAAACAUGAGAUAUGAUAAAUUGAAUCGACGAGAAAGUCAAAUGAGCAUGAACGACGCUGGGGCAUCUCAAAACACAGAACAAGAAGAGUUGCAAGUGAAUGAGAAACCGCUACAAGGGAGAGAAAGCGAGCAGUUGGAUGAAACAGAGACUCUCACAACUAUAUCAUGCAUUUCGUCUGCCUGCGACACCUCCGAGGUUCAUAGAGAUCUGGAAACGAAGAUGGAAGAGGUCCAAGGAGAACUGGGAAACAAAGUUGUGGAGGGCCUGGAGAAGAAUGUCGCGGAGGGUCUUGGCACGAACAUUGCAGUGGUCCGAGGAGAUCUGGGUACGAUGAUGACGAGAGGGUGAUUCUCAAGUCGAGGAGGUCCUGGGGGAAAACGUUCGAGGAGAUCUGGGUACGAAGAUGACGACAGGCGAUUCUCAAGUCGAGGAGGUCCUGGGGGAGAACGUUCGAGGAGAUCUGGGGACAAGUAAACUGACCGUUGAUCAGCUCAAGGAACCUGGUAAUGAGAGUGAUCCACCCAGUGAGCCGAGCAGUCCUGGGAACGAGGAUGACAAAGAACCAGUCGCUGAUCAAGAAACAAAUGUUCAAGAAGUGUUACGAAAUUCAUGGACGAAUGACGAUGCUAGUCAAAAAGAAACAGUUGAUAAAAACUCACUGUUCUUUGCAAAUAAAGGAAACAGUACACAUCGCACUACACCGGAGAAACGAAUGCUCGCUAGACGAGCAAGUUCACCCAACAUUAUGAUUCCAACAACUCAAGCAGAACCGGUUUUAAACAGACCAAAAACAGGUUUUCUGGACGCCCACGAAGUUUAACAAGUCCACAAGAUCCAAGCCAGGAUAGUACCAGUAUUAGUCCACCACGAAAACGAAUGUUGGCUAGACAAGCAAUUAGCUCACCUAAUCUUAUGUCAGCACAAACAGUACCGGGGACAGACAAGCCUAAAUUAAGUUUUCGACGCCCACCAAGUUUAGCCAGUACACAUGAACCAAACCAAGAUAAUACCAGCAGUAGUUCGCCACGAAAACGAAUGCUAAGUAGACGAGCAAGCUCACCUAAUCUUAUGUUUACAACAUCACGAACAGAAGCAGUUAAAUUGACUUUUGAACAGAGACAAAGUUUGACAAGUAUACAGGAACUAACCCACGGAAACGCUUCGACAGAAAUUUCCCCACCUUCGGAGAAACCCACCGCCAGGACUCGUCGAAGCUCGAUAGCGGUGAUGACUGGGGUUGUGAACCCGUUACCCGGGUUUCCGAGCCCUAAGUCCCUAUUUCGUAGCCUCCCAGAGCUGUCCGGCCAAAGUUCUAGUGGUCCAGAUUUUGAGAAAUACAAUUUUAGAAGAAGGGGUUCAAUUCAAGAAAAUCAAAUCCAAGACUCGUUACGGAAAAUCAACCGGAGAUUGACAACGCCGCUGACUGGGGCUCAACUUGAGAGGAGAUUGCAGGCGCGUGUGGGUGCAGCGGCUUUGCAAACAAGAGUAGCCUGCACAUCCGAAAAUAAGGCACCCGAUGAACUGGAUAUGAGCGAUCUCCAGGACUGUCGCUAUAUACGGAGUCGUGUUAGUAAAUAGCAAUUUUCUUUUUUUCUUCAUAUCAUGCCUUGCGUCCGUGACAGUGUAAAAGUUUUUGCUCAAUAAACCAACAAUAUUUAAUGUCUCGUAUGUCAAAUAAGCUAGUUGAAAUAGCAAGCCCGCAUUCGCGAAAAUUCGUACAACUAACAAUGCGCGCGCAAGCUCUUUGCUCCUUGGACGCAACUAGCCUGCAUGGCAGGGCCAUUGAAUAUGGGCCUAAUAAGCCUAUCUCAUUUACCCAUUGAGCAGGCUAUAGGACGCAACCAGAUGAAAAUGCUCAGAUGAACAAUUACCGCUGCGCAAAAUAUUCAAUUACCACUGCGCAAAAUAUUCAAUUACUGUAUAUUUUCGUUUGGAGUAAUAGUCAUCACUUGACUUUACACUGAAGUCAGUCAAGUGCAUAUAUACACGCUCUUCAUUCACGUACAACAGGACAUUAAAUUAUUUUAAAAAAAUAUUGAUAAUUUUUUUUUAUCAUAAACUACAAUUUAGAUCUUACAUAUGAAAAAGCGAUUUUAAAUUAACUUCAUGCAUUUGAACUAGCCACAACAACAAGUUGGUAGUUCACAAAAAUAGAAACAUAUCACAAAUCAUACAUUAAUAUAAGUUAUAAUUUAUAUGCACAGCAUCCGAUGUUCUCAUUUCCAACCUACGUUCUGCGCAACGUUUCUGCGCAACGUACACAACGUCUGCUUUACACUAUCAAAGUUACGUUUCUGUGAUCACAGUAGGAAUUUUGUAAAGGUAAAUUCUAAGUUUUGAAGGAUUUGUAAGAAAUGUUUGAGGGAAUUGACUCGUUGUUAAACACUAAUUUAGUUCCCUCAAACAUUUCUUACAAAUCCUUCAAAACUUAGAAUUUACCCAAAACUUACCCUACUGUGAUCACAGAAACUUUGAUAGUGUAAUACAUCCUUUCGAUAAUUACGUCACAACUACACUGUUUUCAACUUAGAACCACCUUAAAUGGAAACGAUUUCAAGUAUUUUUCUCAUGGGCUAUGCACAGAGAAGCAGAACAUCCUUCUUCAACACUUGCAUGAAAAAGAAUUCUUUAUUUUGACCAAUAAAUAUGGAAAUAAGCUUUAACAGGGUUCGUAGUCUCCAAGACCAAAAAAAUUCAAAAAAAGACUUUCAAAGAUUUUUUCUGCCUAUUUUGAAAGACUUUUCAAAGACCUUUGAGAGCAAUCAGCUGUCGAAAAAUUGCGAGUGUAAGCACCAUUUUUACCCAGUAAUUAGUCGCGUCAAAUCACAUCCUAAAAUGUACCUUUUCGUCGAUAUUUGCGAAAAUCUUGAUUAAAUCAAUCUAUUUUAUUAGCUAGGAAAUCGUAUAAUCAAUUCCUCACUAAAGAAUUUAAAGACUUUUAAAGACUUUCUUCGCUUUUUCACACAAUUUAAAGACUUUUCAAAGACCUGCAUUCCAAUGUAAAGACUUUCAAGGAUUUCAAAGACCGCUACGAACCCUGUUUAAUACGAAAACGAGGUCUCGUUUUCGUGUUAAUUCUUAUUUCCAUAUAUGAUCAAAUCCAAAAUUUUUUUUCAUGCAACUCCAAGUGUUGAAGAAGGAUGUUCUGCUUCCCUGUGAUAGCCCAUGAGAAAAAAACUUGAAAUCACUUCCAUUUAAGGUGGUCCUAAGUGGAAAACAGUGUAGUUGUGACGUAAUUAUCGAAAGGAUAUAUUAUAUAACCAAGGCUUAAUUUAGUAACAUGUCAGUUUCUCAGAGAUCAUUGUUUCUUAUAAAUCUAUUUCCUUCAGAAUGUUUACCCACGUAAACAUAUCGGCUGCGUCCAAACGUGCCGUGAUGGUCGCCAGCGUCUGUUAAUUCUUGGGAUAAUGGCGUGUAACCGAAGUUUCUCUUCGCUUUACUCUUUUCUUCAUCCUGAAAAAUAGUCACACGAGAUAUUGGUAAAGACAGAUUUACACCACACAACUUUUGCCUAAAACUGUCGCAUGCAACCUGCUUACAACUUGAGUUGUACUGUGUUAAUCGAGCACACGACUCGAUCGCAUACCGUACGUUUCGUAGAUGAGUUGUGUGCUUGAUUAACAAACUCCAUCAGGAAUUUUUUCUGUGUUGGUGUAAUGUACUCAGGUGAAUAUGAUGCUUGUGAUGUUACUCUGAGUGUAUAUCCACACCGGGCAAGCUUGAAAAAUAUGUCUGGCCACGGUGGGAAUCGAACCUACGACCUUUGGAAUACUAGCCCAAUGCUCUGCCAACUGAGCUACGCGGUCAGGUCGGUUCGAGUAUGUAUUCAUGACUGCUAAAUUACAUUGAUAUCGAAGGAACUAGACUCAGUUCCGAAAUAUCGCAUACUCGAAUCGACCUGCCCGCGUAGCUCAGUUGGCAGAGCAUUGGGCUAGUAUUCCAAAGGUCGUAGGUUCGAUUCCCACCGUGGCCAGCCAUAUUUUUCAAGCUCGCCCAGUGUGGAUAUACACUCAGAGUAACAUCAUAAGCAUCAAAACGCCAUCAGGUUUCUUCCUGCACUGGAGAAAUGAGGAAAGGCUCCUCAGUUUCGAAAUCAUGGAGUUACUACUUACUGUAGUUUCUUGUCCUGGGGCAACAACUUUCAAGAAUGCACCUCGUGUUAGACCUUCUUGUCUCUCUUUCUUGGAAACUGGUUUCGAGUCCAAGAAUUUGAGAUUCGGGAGUUUAUGUAGGACGAAAUAUCUAAUGGAAUUACAAGAAUUUUCUAGUUAGUUUAGGGUAGGUUAAUUCAUUUAGAACAAUAAGGGUUACCCUUACUAAGAAGAGCAGUUUUGAACUGAUGGAGUUAUUCAGCAUAAAUAAAGUUAGUUUAGCUUCGGUUUUCUCCUGUAGUAACGCUGGAUCAAUAAGAGAUGAUCUUUACUGGACCUCUAGGGAGAACAGUUUAGAACUGAUAGAGCUAUCCAGUAUAAAUAAAGUUAGCUUAGUUUAGGUUUCCUCUUGUAGUAACACUGGAUCAAUAAAAGAUGAUCCUUACUGGACCAUUAGGAAGAAAAGUUCAGAAAUGAUAGAACUAUCCAGUAUAAAUAAACUUAGUGUACUUCACCUAUAUCUUUGAUAGUCUUCCUCGUCUUUUUCUAAGUCUGAUAAUUCGUUUGGACAAGCCGUAUUUCCAAGCAGACUCAAGUAGGUCAAUACUGGAAGAUGUUUUGAUAUUUUUUCAAGAAGAGAUUCUAAAUUUGUUAUCUAAGUCACCAUUAAGGAAUGCCUUUUGGGAAGAGUGCUUAUUGCUUGAGUUAGGAGCAAUGGAUGUAAUUAACUAAUGCACGUUCAUGCCUGUUGCCAUAUCCAAUUCACAAUUUCAGACUUGCAUACCUAGUUAUCAUUAUUCUGAUAAAGAAAGCAAAGAAUGGAACAAAAGUAACAGACAUACGUUGUAGGCAGAGGGGGGGGGGGGGGGGGGGGGGGGGGGGGUCAAAUUGUUAGAGGGGAAUGAAUAACAUUUUAAAAGGGGUAAAUUGUUUUGGAUAGAAAGAGGAGAUGAAGAUGCUUUUUGGAGAGGUGGGGCAAAUUUUUGUUGAUAUGGAGCGACAACAAAUUUUUAGGGGGCCGCAUAAGAUUUUGGGGGGUGGGGAACUGGCACUUUCAGAGACUAAAAUAGGAGCUUGUUAUUUCAAGGAUACUUUAUUUUUAUUCAUAGUUAAAGUAUGGAGAUAAUUUAAAACUGGGAAUAUGACAUUGUCAUCAAUUUCGUUUCCAUCUAAAAUUAAUUCGCGUAGUUCCGUAAAGCCUUGGAUUCCUUCUAAAUUGCUGAAAAAUAGAACAAAGAUAUACAUGUACAGUAAAUAUUUUGUCAUGUUACUGAGCUAACAUUGGCCUGUCUUGGGGCUUGAAAUAACAGCCGAUCAAUGAUCAGCAAGAAAUUGUUUAUGAUCAGCAGAAAAAGAAAGAGUUUCUAACCAGAAACGCAGGGAAAAGUCAUGACUGCAGAUCACUAUGAUCAGGAACUUUGGGGACGUUAUUUCAAACCCUGCCCAGCUGCGUACUAUUUAUUUCCACAAUGACUUACCUCAGUCUAUUGAAGCUGAGAUCUAAUCGUAGAAUAUUUGGUCCAUAUGUAAUUCCUAAAUCUGGUGGAAUACUCAGAGCGUCUCUUCCCACCAUUGAAAGCUAAAACAGAGCAAAGAGGUCCCUUUUGCACACGAUCAGAAAACCACAUGCAAAUUUGACUUGGUUGUUUGAAUUCACACAGGAUGCACAAAACCAGACAUAUUCAAGCACAACUAACCAUAAGGCCCAUCUACAUGAUAGACUAGUUGUGACUUAUUCUGAUGUAUGCAUGUACUUGUUGAAUAAGUGACAUUUUCAAAUAUCACUGAUGAACAGGAAUAGUGGCAUUAGCAUUCACUUUCAUAUGCCAGACUGACACUUGUACACAACUAGUCGUAUUGUGUAAAUGGGCCUAAGUAUAUGAAUUCCAUGGAUGUAAACAAACAGAGCUGGAUGAAUAUUUUUGAACUCAUCCAUACAUGAGAUGUAAUGUAUUCUGGCUUACGUCAAAUGAUUUUAUAAGUGGUGACAGUAAACCUACGUUUACACACUACAAUUUGUCGUGUACGAUUUGUAUUCUGGCGCUAUAAUUCAUUGCCGUUUCAUUAGAAACUAAUUUCAAAUGUAGCCAGCUUACACGUGUUUACUCAAUGACAUACGCCAGAAAAAGAAUCACACAAUUAAUGGCAGCGUGUAAACGUAGCUUAAGUGGGGAUGUGUCAAUCAUCACCUCUGGCGGCCAUGUUAUGACUCAUCUCUGAUCGCGGGGCACAGCUACCAGGGAAGGGCCAGCUAGGGGGCUAAUCCAAACCCCAUCCAACUUAUAGAAUACCAUAGAUUUAAAGUAACAAUAAUUUACCAGGAGUGAUUUUAUGCACGAUUUCUGACUACGCGACUUCUAAUGCAGAUUUUGUUAUGUUUUUUAAUUUCAUUCUAACAACAAAUCUAAACAAUUAUGCACUUUAUAGCCAACUAUUUUUCGAUCAUUAAUGUUUAUAUGGAUAAAAUGACUUCAUUCAUGUUCAGUCACGAGAACCUACGAAAUAUUAUUAAUAGAACAUUCAACAUUGAUAUUGCUUUCACUACAAAACUUCACUUUAAAACCAUUUACUUCUAAACUAAGACUUGCCUGUGUUCCAUUAACUACAUAAUCUUCCUCGUUCUCCAUGAUUCAUUGAAAAUCUUUCAAAAAAUAUAUAUUUAUUUGUCAAAAUACGCAGAAAAUAAUAUCUUGUUACUUAAUUUGUGACUACGAAACGCUCGGCUGUUUCUCGGAAAGAUCCGUCACGGAAGUCGGAUUAGAUUACUUGCGAAACUGUUUACAAAAAAAAUAGCUUCUAGCCUUAUACAGUAGUGUUUUCCCAAGGAAAACACUUCAGUACUAGUUAUUCAUCUCACUUGCAUACUUAGGAAGUGAUUAUAACUAAAGAUAUCAAUAAUAUUCAACAUUUUUUUAAAUUUUCUGAAAGAUUUUGUAUGUUUUCAUAUUCGCACCGGAAGCUGACGGCAUUCUCCGAUGUAUCCAUGACAACAACACUACUACCAAUUUCACACUACAGAAAAAUACUCUGGUUCUAUUAAAGCACAAAUACGGCAAUUUUUGCUGGGUUUUUGCCCCAAUGGACUCUGAAUAUUUGAAAAGACAUGUAGGUAAAGCUCUGUCAGAAGGCCUAGCUGAAGUCUGUUUGAAAAGACCGGUAGAUCCCGUUGAAUAUUUGGCUUGUUGGCUCAGAAAAUAUGUUGAAAAUGAAGCUUAUAAUGCCAAGGUACUGAGAUUUUAUUUGACCAUUUAAAUAUUGUAGACAAAGGAUAGUAACUGUAGCUUUCAAAUGGACUGGAAAGCUAUGGGAAUUUGUAGGUUUUAAAAAUUUGCAAUGAUUUAACUCAUUAAGUUGCAAUGUGCCCUGAUGCAACAUUUUUUUACUAUUAAACUGUCAAAAACCAGACAAUUUUAUUUGUCAAGACGGAAAUGUUGAGCAUGAGGGAGUCAAACAAAUUGUCUGUUCAUUUUAACCCAUCACGCUGCAGUGUACCACAAUGCCCUAGAACUUUGCUUUUUUACUCUGUCUAAUGCCAGACAAUUUUAAAUCUUGUUCUAAAUUAUUGACAGCAAAAAGAGGAAGCGAUCCAGCUUGAAAAAGAGAGAGAAGUUGCAGAAAAAGAAGCUUUAUAUCGAGCUCGCAUGAGAGAGGAAGCUGAGUCGCUUGCAAGGCAGGAGGCGUAUGCAAGAGCUGCUGCCGAGCCAGUCAUGAUCGACAACACUCCACGACCAAUGCCGCCAGAGCUGAAUCAAACAUUAGAAACAGUUGCCGAGCAAGGAGAAGAAGAUGAACCUGCGGCAGAAGGUGGGGAUGUUGUGUUUGUUGAACUAAUUGUGGUCUUGAUGAUACAGUGAUUGAUGUCUUUCACUCUAGAUCUGUAACUUGAGUUCAUACAGAAGCCCGACUUCUUAGUUUUUACUAUGAUUUUUCAAUGCACGUUUGAGAGGCAUUCACCCCCCUGAUAAUGUUCAAAAUGGUGGACAUCCAGGGGCUGAAUGCCUCUCAAACGUGCACUGGAUAGGACCAUGGCGUCAGCAUUUUGAUCAUGAAUCAUGGCAUGGCAGCGGUUACUCGAGUCGACCUUCUGUGUGUCUUUAUUCUGUGACUUUACACUGAUUCUCCAGGGGGGUGCACCCCCUCAGAAAGUUUCCCACCCUCACCAAGUUUCCCACCCUCACCAAGUUUCCCACCUCCACCUAGAGAAAUCUCCCCCCCCCCCCACACUAAAUAAGACUAAGACAAAACUCAAUCUCAAAAUUUACUGGGGACUUUGGCCCUUACUCCCAACCUUGUUCCCAUUAUCGACUGUACCCCUUGACCAAAUGGAAAUAAGUUAGGGUUAGUUAGGGGUUAGGGUCAAGGUUAGUAUUAGGGUUAGGGUUUAGUUUUGCGUUAGGAUGGUUUUUUCUAUGUUAUAAAAAUGGAAACCUUAUUUUGAAGUAUACUAUCUAGCAAUUACCCUGACUAAAUACCCUGACCAAAUACCACAGAUUUUAUCCAGGCAUUCGAGCUUUUCCAGACCUUAUUGUCAUUCACUUUUAUUUUCAACAGCAAACAGGGGGCAAAAAGACGCAACAAAUGCCGACCCUGAGACAACAGAAAGUCAAGCAGAAACUGGAGAAAGUCAAGCAGAACAACCUCCUCCCCAGGGUAAAAACAUUGAUUACAAAUAUUUGUUAUUUGCAUUAACCCAGUAAGUGCCAGCACUCUCUCCCCUUGACGAGUAAAAUUGUCUGGCGUUAGACAGAGUUAAAAUAAUAAAGUAGGGUGGGUUACAGUUGAUUUCAUAUAACUUUUCCCUGAAUGUUGCAAACUUCAUUCAGGACUUUGUUGUGAAGUUCAAAAGUUCAUACUGAAAUUUACAAGCCGGUUUGUAAACAAAGCCUCUGAUUGGUCCCUGAACAAAAAAAUAAGCCAAUCAGAGGCCUUGUUUACAAACCGGCUUGUGAAUUUUUGAACUUCACAACAAAGUUCGGAACGAAGUUCGCAACAUUCUGGGAAAAGUUGUGUGAAAUCAGCUGUAAAUGGGUUAAACUAUUUAGGGGUAAAUAGUAUUUAUGUAAAUGGUAUUUAAAUGGUAAAUGGUAUUUACUUUUUCUUUUUAUUUAUGGGUUUAACUAUUUAAUUAAACUAUUUAUUUUUUUAUUUAUAUUUGUCUAAAUCUAUAUCAAAACUAUUUAGGAUGGACUAAUUAAAGUCUGCUUUACACUAUUAAAGUUUCUCUGAUCACAGUAGGAAUUUUGCAUCAGUAAAUUCUAAGUUUUGAAGGAUUUGUAAAAAAUGUUUGAAGGAAUUGACUGACAUUGUUAAACAGUAAGUAAAUUCCCUCAAACAUUUCUUACAAAUCCUUCAAAAGUUAGAAUUUACCUUUGCAAAAUUCCUACUGUGAUCACAGAAACUUUGAUAGUGUACUACCAGGCUUAACAUGCAUAUCCUUUACAGAAGGCUCAUUAACUCAGAUUCUUGAAGAAGCCAGUGAACCAGUGGCUGAUGGGACGGAUGAAAGGCCUGACGGGACGGACGAAAGGCCUGAUGGGACAGACGAAGUGCCUGAUGGGAAUGACGAAGUCGCUGAUGGAAACGAUCAGGACACCGCUGAAGAUCAAUCAUGAGAAAUAUAAGAUAAUGAAUCACAAAAAAAAUUUAGUAAUACUUCAGUGUUGUGUUUGUACAUUUAUUUAUUCGCUGUUAAAUACAAGUGCAUCUAUAUGACUAUAUUGUUACGUUGCUAAUCUGAAAAUUGUCAGAAUUCGUAUAUUUUAUAAUAAAAAAUGUACAAUGUGGUAAUAAAGAGUGAAGUUUUGGCCUGUUUCUUUAACACUUGAAAUGGAGUGCAGUCAAAAAUUCAGCGUUUUCUCAAUUCCGUUUAGCUGAGCGACUUCCCAAUUUAGAUAUCCCAAAAAUAACGUAUUAAUAUAUACAAAUAGUAUUAAUAACAAAAAUGACCAUUAUGAAAAACAAUUUAAAUAUAUAAUACUUUUUGUAUAUAUAAUACUUUUUGUGUACCAACACAGCAAAUUACUACGUAAAUUUAUUACUGCAAAGGACGCAAAGCUUUCGAUCCGUAAGCCCGGAUCUUCAUCAGUACAUGCUAAUAUAAUAUGACUAAUAUACAAAGAACUUAGUG